AUGUUCUUUUUUUUUCUAUGGUAAAGGAUGCAGACGAGAAGAGCACACAAUUGGACAGAAUGACGGAUCUUUCGAGAGAAUUGUUUGUUGCACGGGACAAGAAUUUUGUCAAACACAAUAUCCUUCGCGUAAAACGCUCCUAUCCUGCAGAACCCAAACAACGUUUCGUCGAUACUCGUUACGGCAACACGAAUGAUUUAAAAAGCAGCGGGUUACUUCCAAUUUAUGUGCACAAAAAAAAUUAUGGAAAGGUACCGAAAUUCAUUGCGAUUGAUAGAAAAACCGACGUGAGCGCAGAAACUGAAACGAUCAAACAACGUGAUUUCAAUGGAGAUAAAGUGUCAAAGAUAUCUUCGUGUCGAUACAUUGACAAAGAGGAACGGAAAAUAUUAUUAGACGGUAUGAAGAAGAAGUGGGAGGAAACGAUGAGACAAUUUCAAAGAUUGCCGUUUCUCGCCGACACGUUACCGAAAGCGCAAAAGAAAGCGAAGAUGGAGCGCGAAUUGCAACAACUCGAAAAAGACAUAGCAGUCAUCGAGCAACAUCCAUACAUAUAUGUUUAUGACAAUGUAUAACGUCAGCAUCUAUUAUGCAAUAUUAUGCGCAUGUAUUCUAGUAUGAAAAUUUAUACUGUCAAUGAUAUUCUCAGACAAUUGUUAUCCGAGUUAUACUUAAUAUAAAAAGUAUAGAA